AUGAUUCGUCGAGAAAAUCGUUUACGUCGUGAGUACAUUUUUAGAAAAUCACUAGAAGAAAAGCAGCGAGGCUUAGAAGAGAAGAGAGAAAAAAUUCGCGAGGCUUUAGAAAAUAAUACAAAAAUUGACUAUAAUCACAGAAAAGAUGCCAUUGAACUAGCAAAAGGAGCUGAUUGGGGAGGACAGGUAUACGGAAUCGAUGACGAAUAUCGCUGGGCCGGCGCUCAAGAUCCAAAAAUUGUUAUUACAACAAGCCGUGAUCCCUCUAGUAGGCUGAAAAUGUUCUCAAAGGAAAUGCGAUUGGUUUUCCCAAAUAGUCAAAGAAUCAACAGAGGUCAUUAUGAUGUUAAGCAGUUAGUUCAAGCAUGUCGUGCACAAGAUACCACAGAUUUGAUAGUUUUGACAGAAACUCGUGGAAAUCCCGACGGAAUGAUUGUUUGCCAUCUUUCUUUUGGCCCGACGGCAUUCUUUUCCUUGACGAAUGUUGUAAUGCGUCACGAUAUUCCGAAUUGUGGAACGAUGAGCGAACAGUAUCCGCAUUUAAUUUUUAAUAAACUCGACAGCAAACUUGGGAAACGGUUCACGACGAUUUUGAAACAUUUGUUUCCUGUGCCGAAACCUGAUUCGCAUAGGGUCAUGACGUUUUCCAACACCAAUGACUAUAUUUCAUUUAGACAUCACGUUUAUAAGACGGACGCUAGUGGGGAGAUCGAAUUAUCCGAAGUCGGUCCUAGAUUUGAAUUGAAACCGUACCAAAUCAAACUGGGCACAUUGGAGAAUUUGGCGGCGGCUGAAGACGAAUGGGUGCUCCGCUCGUACACGAACACAGCUCGCAAGCGGAAUUACUUGAGCAUUGCGCAAGACGAUGAAGCCGAUGAAUAA